GUCACGUCGUGCAAGGUUUGCUUUCUGCUUUCUCUCCCUUCGUCCGUCUUCGUUCCCAGUUUCUGUUUCUCGUAACUGUGAUCGCUCCGGUUGUCACACAUGGCGACAAACGGAAAAGUUUCAAAAAAGAUCGACAAUGUGGGAUUUAUAGGCGCCGGAAACAUGGCCCAGUGCAUCAUAAGGGGCAUCAAGAGCGCAGGUGUACCAGCCCAAAACAUUUGGGUCAGUGCUCCAUCCCUGAAGAACCUGGAUGCGCUCAAGGAGGAGGGAUACAACACAACGCAGCGAAACGCAGAGGUACCCAAGAAGUGUAGCAUCGUGUUUCUCUGUGUGAAGCCACACCUGAUGGAUGUUGUUGGUGGCGAGAUUCAGCCGCAGUUGACAACCAACCAUCUUGUCAUCAGCGUCGCAGCGGCUGUCAAGAUUUCUCACCUAGUCGCUAUGCUCCGCGUGCCAUGCCGAGUGGUUCGGUGCAUGCCGAACACGUGCGUGACAGUGGGUGCAGGUGUGUGCGCCAUCAGUCGCGGCCCUGGUGUGGAUGCGGACGAUGUUGCGCUGAUCACCAACUUGCUGGGUAGCAUCGGCAUGUGCGAGGAAGUCUCGGAAAGCAUCAUGGACGCUGUUUGUGGACUCAGCGGUUCAGGCCCUGCCUAUGUAUGCCUGGCAAUCCAGGGAAUGGCGGAUGGAGCAGUCAAGAUGGGCAUGCCGAGACAGCUAGCACUCAAGUUUGCUGCACAAACCAUUAUGGGUGCCGGCAAGAUGGCUCUCGACAGUGGCUACCACCCGGAGGAGCUCAAGGACAACGUUUGCUCACCAGGGGGAACCACGGCCUACGGUCUAUCGGCCCUGGAGAGUCGCUGCGUGCGUGCCGCCUUUGCCGAGGCUGUCGAGGCUGCCACACGCCGUGCUCAGGAGUUGGGACACAAGGUCGAAAGCAAAGGCACUUCCUCGAACUGACUCUUGUGUGGGCUCACUUUCGGACACAGCACCCACAAGUUCCUCUCCGAGCGUGUGGUGGGGGUGAACUCAAACAAAGACUUUGUCAACGCUCAAAGGAAUUUCGUCAAGCCCAGCCUGCUUUGCAGUGUCAGAACUGGCUGUGCUGCAGUACCUGCCGGAUGUACCAAAAGCAUUUAAUACUUCACAAUUACAAUCGCGAUGCCAGAAUCUGCACAGUAUUCAGACCUUCUUUAGUGUGCUUCUUUUCCUACUGGUAUGGUGCAGCUGGCAAAUAAAAAGCACACAGAUUCGGGGACAAUAUUGCUUGCUCUGAAGAGGUUCGGUCAGACUUGAGACUAAGUAUGAGGCACACACAGUCUUGAGAGUCGAUACGGGAGCUUUCACUAUUGAUGUCCAUACUGUUGCUAUCACAGCGUUCCUGUACUACUUAAACGUGUGCUCAAGCAGACAAGGAUCUUGUGAAACUAAAAGAAAUCUAGUGAUAGGUUUAGUGACUAUGUGCAUACAUUUGAGCCAAACAAGCAUAUGGUAUACCGUAUACCAUAGGUUACUUGUUAUGAUACUUUUGUGAUAGCUGUGCUAGAGUGCACGCUUUGACUGCUUUAACUGAGCUUAAUGUUAUUGCAUGCGCAGUGUAAAGUGUUUCAAAAGUGUCCAUCGUUAAGCAUUUUGUUAAACAUAUUUUUCCUAAAAUUAAACUACACUAGUGAGCAAAUAUGUACCUUGUUUUUGUUUUAUAUGCAUGUCUGUUUGAGUAGUAAUCUGCAGAAGGCACCAGCCGUCUUUAAACUGCAGUAGAACCAAUUUGUGCCGUUGUGCAAUGUCUGGUAAAAGAUGAAAUAAAAAGUAACCGAUAGUAUUGC